AUGAACAAAAAAAUAUCAAGGGAGCUCAAUGCAAUAGUAGACUACUUGAUUUUUGAGUGCCACACGGAGACACUGGAGGCGCUGAACCACGCAAAAGACGACUUGCUGAGCACGCGGGAGGAAAUGAAACAGCUUUGUUUGUCUGGAGAGAUCGAAAAAAUGUACUCCCUGGUGAACAAAAACUACCCCAAUUUACUGAAAAAGCAUCCGCAUGUAACUUCUUUUAUAUUCAGCCAAAUAUUCAUCGAGUAUGUGCGGAACAACCAGCCAGAAAAGGCGCUGGAGUUUGGGCGCAACUCGAUACAGAACGGACAGGACAUAACAAGCAACCACGACCUGUUUUUGCUUCUGGCGUACAAAAACCCUGAGACGUGCGAGAAGCUGAGGGAGUUCCUGGCCUUGGAAAGAAGAGAAAGAGUGUUUGCAGCAAUCGACGGGCUGAUAAAAGAGAAGCGGGUGGGGAAUAAGAUAUCGAUGCUUGAGUAUGCAUGCAAAAUGCUGAAGUACUCCAGCUGUCUAAAAAAGGAAGAAUGA